AUGAAUUGUCCUUCGCGCACCGAUGACACCCUCGAGCACCCGGGAUGGAACCAGAAUCCGCCGGCGCUGAAUGCCGACGUUACCACUCGAAGCGAUUUCAACGGCAUUGCGAACUCGAAGGUGCAUCGGAGACACGCAGGCGGUAUGGGGGGAGCUGCAGGUGAAGGAAUUGCAGCGAUGGAUCAUAGACCAAAUAGUCUAGAUGGAAACGAGCCCGAGAUGGAGAAGAAGACACCCGGCGAAGUGAUCGCUGCCGCUCCUGGGGACCAAUCACCCAGGACGAGCAGCGAAUCACCUCGCCGUCCUUUCAACACAUCAACCUUUUCUUUCUUUCUCCGUCUCGCUCAAAGUAUCAAGAAGUUUGGUCGCUUCGUGGGCCCGGGAUUCUUGAUCGCGGUAGCUUACAUUGAUCCGGGAAACUACUCCACCGAUGUCUCUGCAGGCGCGGAGUUUCGCUAUGCUUUGCUCUUCAUCGUCCUAGUGUCCAAUCUUUUUGCAAUCUUUCUACAGUCGCUGUGUAUUAAGCUCGGCACUGUGACCGGGCUCAACCUGGCGGAAAACUGCAGGGAGCACCUACCCAAGUGGUUGACCUACAUCCUGUACGUUUUUGCGGAGGCCGCCAUCGUGGCAACCGAUAUCGCAGAAGUUGUCGGAUCUGCCAUCUCGCUCAACCUUCUCCUGAAUAUCCCUCUGGUGGCGGGAUGCGCAAUCACACUAGCCGAUGUUCUCUUCAUCUUGAUAUUCUAUAGACCGAAUGGCGCCAUGUGGGGUCUGCGUCUGUUCGAGUUCUUUGUCAUGCUGUUGGUCCUGGGAGUGGUGAUUUGCUUUUGCAUUCAACUCGCUCUCAUUAAAGAACAGUCGGUCGGAGCUGUUUUCCGGGGCUACUUGCCUUCGUCUGCCAUCGUGCAGUCCAAUGGUCUGUAUCAAAGCUGUGGUAUCCUCGGUGCUACGGUGAUGCCUCACUCCAUGUUUCUUGGCAGCGGAGUUGUCCAAUCGCGACUGAAGGAAUUCGAUGUUACCCAAGGCUAUGUCGAUCCCUCCGUCUGCCUUGGAAGCACCAACGGAGAAGUGGAAUACAGGCCGUCAAUCCAAGCCAUUCGGGGAUGUCUGAAGUACUCCGUCAUUGAGCUUACGUUGUCCCUCUUUACAUUUGCCCUGUUCGUCAACAGCGCCAUUCUCAUCGUUGCUGGUGCUUCCUUGUACGGCACUUCGGGAGCUGAUGAAGCAGACCUCUUUGGCAUUUACGAUCUUCUCUCUAGCUCCAUUGCCCCGGCUGCAGGUCUGAUCUUCGCAUUGGCCCUGCUCCUCUCAGGUAUCUCCGCCGGAAUCGUCUGUACCAUGGCUGGACAAAUGGUCAGCGAGGGAAUGCUGAACUGGAGUAUCAGACCUUGGCUCCGGCGACUGGUCACGCGGUCUAUCAGUAUCAUCCCUAGCAUAAUCAUUGCAGCUGCUGUCGGCAAGGAGGGAUUGAACAAGACUCUAAACGCCAGCCAAGUGGUUUUGAGUGUCAUCCUGCCGUUUGUCACCGCUCCUCUGGUUUACUUUACGUGCCGCAACCGUUACAUGACCGUCCCUACGGAUAGAAACUUCUCCGGUGAGAAUGCCUCGGCCGACGGAGUCAAGAUGAGAAACAACUGGUUUGUUACUGCCAUCGCUGUCAUUGUUUGGGUAAUCAUUGCGGUCAUGAACGUGGCUCUGCUCGUCCUGAUUGGACUCGGCAAGGCCUAG